AUGGUGUUAGUCGACGCCACCCUUGGCGACGAGGACUCGGUUGUAAAGGACUUCACGGUUACAGACCACACCCUUCAAACCCAGCCAGUGGUCAGACUAGUAGGAUACACCUGGCCUUUCAAUGUAUUCAAAGUCUGCAAGCAAUUCGGACCAUCACGAUUCAACCUGACUUUGAGUAAUUUCCAUGACUACCAAGCGAACACAGCUGCUCAAAUUUUCUUUUUUGAGGCCAACAUUCUGAAGUCCAGAUCAACCGUGGUGCUAUCAGACACCAACUAUGCCACCGUAUAUGCCGAUGGUAACAGCGCAAAAUAUGCAUGCAUCGAAAAGGACACAACCACCGACAUUUGCAUGGACUACUAUACUGACUCCUACUACACUCCAACAUUUAUACGGAAACCAGUGUUGGUUGUUAACAACCGUGUGCAGGCGGUACACAGAGACAUGAAAUGCAAUGAAUAUGAUGACAACUCCGAGGAAGGCGUUUUCUACAAGAUUGGCUACUAUCGGGAUGAUGUGCUUGGAAUUCCAAAUAUUGUCAUCGACAAUCCCUGA